AUGGAUAAAUAUCGCGUGCCAAACCGUAUGAAUCUAUUACGUGCACGUGAAUAUGGUCUUGAAAAUUCUUUUGUUCAUAUUGAGCAAACACGGCGUAUUGCUGAUUUUACUCUAUGCAAAUAUCGAAGUUUAACACCUUUUCAUCAUUCAUCCAUAUCUACCAUGUGUUUAGAACAGUCAGAAUGUCGAUAUCUAUUAUCGGGUGAUGCUAGUGGACAUAUAUGUUGUCAUGAUAUGUUUCCUUCAAGUUUAGUCGCAACACAUCCAAUCAUAUUUCAAAUCGAUCGAAAUUCUAAUCGGGAUCAUCAUACACAUAAAAUUUGUUCAUUGAUAUGGUAUCCGAAUGACAAUGGUUUAUUCAUCACCCUUGGUUUAGACAAAAAACUUAAAAUAUGGGAUACUAAUCGAGUGAAAAUGGCUGAUGAAUAUGAAUUUGCUAAUUUCGCAUAUUCAGCUCAUAUGGCACAGACAAGAAAUACAUCGCUUAUUGCAGUUGCACAUGAAAAUGGAGAUUUACGUUUAAUUGAUAUUCGAACUGGCUCGAAUUCACAUAUAAUACAUUCGCAUAGCGGAAAAGGAAUCUGUUUAGUCAAAUGGUUUAAUAAUAAUCCAAAUCUACUAGCUAGCGGAGGAGCUGAUGGACGAGUUCUAUUUACCGAUAUUCGUAGUUCUCGUACAUAUUACAUGGUACUCGAUCCUGAUAAUGUAUUAACAGAUCAUCCACAAAUGAGAUCUCGAGCAACCACUGCAUCAACGUCGUCAGUAGCUCAUACUCGCGGGAUUAAGUCUCUCGAAUUUUUGCCAGAUAAUUCACAUUUAUUAACACUCGGUGCAGAUAGUCAUAUGUAUUUAUGGGAUGUAAAUAGUGGCCAACGUUUACUUGUUAAUUAUGGUCGAAUACCAACUGAUAAUGUUCGUAUCAAAACAUUAGCAUGUACACAAAUGAAACAUGAUCGAACGAAAAGUCUUGUCUAUGUACCAUGUGGAAAAUCGAUUUGUGCUUAUGAUAUUCUAUCUGGAGAACGUCUAACAACUUUAAGUGGCCAUUUAGUACCGGCUAGUACCUGUAUAUAUAAUCGUCUAUCUAUCGAACUUUAUUCAUGUUCGGAUGAUAUACUUGUUUGGGCUGCUAUUAAAAAGCAACAAGAGAAUUAUGAAUUAUCAAUGAAAACGCAAGAACGAAGACCAGAAACAACAAGAUCUUUAGCACAAAUAUUAAAUCGAGAUCAAUGGAGUGAUGAUGAAGAUGAAGUUUAA